UAGACAUGCGUGUGUGACUUCCAGUCCUUGCUCCAAUUCAUCAUUUGCAGUUGCACGCACGGAGCUUGACUCACUGUGUACUGAAGAACAUAAUAGCCAGAAAUGGAAUUAAGGGGCAUGGCCAAUUAUCACAAGUUACUAGCAACAUCAUCACUCUGCAUCAUGAUUUUGUUUGCUCAUUUGAUUUUCUUUGUUGAAGCUGCCCCUGCAGGCUCUCUCGUCACAAAACUCCCUGGUUUUAAAGGCAAUUUCCCAUCCAAGCACUACUCCGGAUAUGUGAAUAUUGAUGGAAAUGGUGAGAAUGGGAAGAACUUGUUCUACUACUUUGUGAGUUCAGAGAGAAAUCCAGGGAAGGACCCGGUAGUUCUGUGGCUGAAUGGUGGACCUGGCUGCUCCAGCUUAGAUGGCUUUGUUUAUGAACAUGGACCAUUCAACUUCCAGGCAGCAAAAACAAAAGGGGAUCUGCCCAUUUUGCAUAUCAAUCCUUACAGCUGGUCCAAGGUGUCCAACAUUAUAUACUUGGAUUCACCCGCGGGUGUUGGCCUCUCAUACUCAAAGAACUCAAGCAAAUAUGUUACUGAUGACCUACAAACUGCUUCUGACACCCAUGCUUUCCUCUUUAAGUGGUUUGAGCAAUUUCCCGAAUUUCUGGCCAAUCCAUUUUAUUUGUCCGGGGAGUCUUAUGCUGGAGUUUACGUGCCCACUCUAGCUAUCGAAGUUGUUAAAGGAAUCCAAAGUGGUAAAAAGCCCUUGAUCAACUUUAAGGGUUACAUGAUUGGAAAUGGGGUCACGGACUCAAAAAUUGAGGACAAUACUUUCAUCCCAUUUGUGCACGGGAUGGGCCUCAUAUCCGACAACAUCUAUGAGGCAGUUGAAGCUUCUUGCAAAGGGGAUUACAAUUCUCACUCAAAGAAUGAGGAUGAUCUAUGCUCUAAGAACAUGGAUAGAGUUUAUAGGGCUCUUGAUGGACUUAACGUGUACAAUAUAUUAGAGCCUUGCUACCAUUACCCAGAUUCUGCAGCAGCAAAAGGAAAUGGAAGCUUAUUGCCACUAAGUUUCCAGCAAUUAGGGGUUACAGAGAGGCCUCUCCCAGUGAGAAAGAGGAUGUUUGGUAGAGCUUGGCCUUUUAGAGCACCAGUCAAAGAUGGUCUUCUAACACUGUGGCCUGAAUUGGCUCAAACUCAAACCAGACAUGUCCCAUGUGUUGAUGAUGAAGUAGCAAGCUCAUGGCUAAACAAUGAUGCAGUCAGAAAAGCCAUUCAUGCUGAGAGGGAUAGUGUGGCUGGUCCAUGGGAAUUAUGCACCUCAAGGAUAAAGUAUUAUCACAAUACUGGUGAGAGCAUGAUUCCUUACCACAAGAACCUAACUAAGUUGGGAUACCGAGCACUUAUCUACAGUGGUGACCAUGAUAUGUGUGUACCAUUUACCGGAAGUGAGGCUUGGACAAGAUCUCUUGGAUAUAAGAUUGUGGAUGAAUGGAGGCAAUGGAGAUCUAACAACCAAGUUGCUGGGUACUUACAAGCGUAUGAGAACAACCUUAUCUUCCUCACAGUAAAAGGAGCUGGUCAUACAGUGCCAGAAUAUAAGCCUAGGGAGGCACUGGAUUUUUACAGGCGUUGGUUGGAAGGAAGACCAAUAUAAGUAAAUGCAUGAAUAAAUUAUGUCGUUGACAAGAAAAUAAUAAUUAUGUUUCAACUUUCUAGUGUACACAAUAAACCGUACAUGCAUUAUGAAUACAGUUACAGAGGUAUAACUUUUUAAGUCUCCCAAUAUAUCAUUACUUUUGAGAUUUAUAUGAUCCCAACAUUGAACCA